AUGUGCUUUUCACCGAUUGAGUACACUAGCGACGACGUCAAUUCGUCAAUUAUCGACACAAAAGAGCUGGACAGAGGCUCAAAGGAUGGUUUAACCUGGACCGUCACUUAUUCCCAUCAACUGGCUCUCUGUCACAAGCUCACUGACUGUGCCUAUCUGACGUGGCAAUUUGACUGGCGAAAACUCAAAAACGAAGGAUCCGUCGACGGCUUCUCAGGCGACAUCAUCGUCACCUACCGAAAGGAAAAGGAGAAAACCGCGCCGAUAAAAUUCUACGUGGAAUUUUCGAAUCCCCAGCAAGAAGUCGUCCGUCGCAUCGGCCCCACCAGCGAUAUCAAAUACAGCGAAAAGUACCCGACAUGCUAUAUAACAUUUGAUCUUCAUCUAACCCCUUAUAAACUGUCUUAUCGAAAUUUACCCAUUGAUCAGGCGUUCUUGCCAUCGACACCUAAUACCGAUGGGAUUCUCGUCGUGGAGAAUCGCCGAAUGCAUAUUAAUAAAACGUAUCUCUCCGUACAAUCCGCUUUUUUUCAAACCAUGUUCUCCUCGAAUUUCAUGGAAAAAUCGAUGGCCGAGGUGCCGAUCGGCGGUGUGAAAUACGACGAAUUCACGCGCCUUCUAGCGAUCGUUUCGUUGAAACCAGUGUUUCCAACAGACGAAUCCGUGGAAAAUCUGCUCUCCCUCGCCGAGCGAUUCCUAAUGCCCGCCAUCGUUUGCCACGUGGAACACCAUCUUCUCACUGCCACUCACUUUGACUUCUUCCGUCUCUUAUCGCUUGCCGAUAAGCAUAAUCUCGAAAAACUCACCGAAAAAUGUAUUGAAUCCCUGACCACACUGGGACAGAUCUCCAGAAAUCGACACAGAGCGGAGUAUAUUCAUUUGAGUCGAGACACGAAAGCCAGAAUUUUGGACCAUUUGACACAGGUUUAG